AUGGUGAACAUUAUUAAAAAAGCCAUAGAUUAUGGUUAUCGGCAUAUCGACACAGCUUCUCUACACAAAAAUGAAAGACAAAUCGGUGAAGCUAUUAAAAAGAAAAUUGACGAAGAUGCCGUAAAGAGAGAAGAAUUGUUUAUUGUUUCGAAAUUGUGGAACACUUCUCACGAUCCCGAAAAUGUCAAAUGCGCUUGCAGGAAAAGUCUUUGUAACUUAGGUUUGGACUAUAUUGAUUUGUAUUUAAUGCAUACACCAAUGGGGGCGCCAUCUCCUCAUGAUGAAAACGAAUUCGCACCUACUAAAAAUGGUAAACCUUUAUUUACGAGCGUAGAUUAUGUUUCCACAUGGCAAGCAAUGGAAAAUUUAGUGAAAGAAGGUCUUUGCAAAAGCAUUGGAAUUUCCAAUUUCAAUAUUGAUCAGAUUAAACGGUUGCUGGACAAUUGUACGAUUACACCGCAAGUCCUUCAAAUUGAACAUCAUCCAUAUCUUAGACAAAAGGAAUUGACCGAUUUUUGUGAAAAUGAAAGAAUUGCCAUAACGGCCUAUGCCCCGCUUGGAUCACCGAAUCGACCAUGGGCUGGCAAAGAUACAUCUGAUGUUCUUAUGUGCGAUCGACAGGUUAUAUCGAUUGCUAGAAGACAUAAAAAAAGUCCCGCCCAAGUCUUGAUACGAUAUCAAAUCGAUUUGGGUCAUGCGACAAUACCAAAUCCAGGGAGAUCGGAGGAGAAUAUGCUUGAGAAUAUUAGUGUUUUCAAUUUUAAUUUGCGCUCUCAAGAUAUGGUAGCCUUAACCAACUUAGAUUCGGAUGUUCGUUACUUCAAUUUCACUGGGUGA